ACACACAAUCAACCGCAUCCCUUCUUUUUUCUUAUUCGUGUCAAUCUCUCUUUCUCUCUCUCUCUCAUGACAAGUAGUAGUGGAAGCCUCAAACUAGAGAUCCACACCGACGACAAGACACCGGGAAAGUGGAGUGUACCGCUCGGCGAUGAUGUUUUCCGAAGGUUCUUGAGCGGCGGAGGAAGCUCGGAGAAGGCUGUGUUCGGAGAGGGAUCACUAUUCAGCCCGUUUUUGUUUGGUAAGUACUUUGAUCCGUCAGAUGCGUUUCCGUUGUGGGAGUUUGAGGCUGAGGUUUUGCUGGCGAGCCUCAGGAGUUUAGGACAGUCUAGAGUAGAUUGGUCUCAGACCGAUCAAGCUUAUGUCCUUAAAUCCGAUCUCCCCGUGGUGGGGAAAAAUAACGUGCAGGUGUAUGUGGACGUUAACGGGAAAGUGAUGGAGAUUAGUGGUCAAUGGAACAGCAACAAGAAAGCAGCGGUCAACGGUGACUGGAGAAGUGGUAGGUGGUGGGAACACGGCUACGUCCGCCGUCUCGAGCUCCCCGGAGACGCCGACCCUAAAAACUCCGAAGCUUUCCUCUCCAGCAACGAAGACUACUCUUUCUUAGAGAUCCGAGUCCCUAAGAUUAAUUCUAAGAGCAAGUGUUAAUCUGAUGUGGUUUUGAUCAUGAGUAGGGUUUUAUUUUUCUUAAAUGGUUGUCUUCUUUACUAUUAUUAUAGAAUGAUCUGUAAUGAAUUUAUGUGGUGGACACACCAAGAUGGAUGGAUGAUAUUAUACAUAAGUAUAUAAUAUAUCAAAAUGAAACUAUAUUGAUUAUAGAGAAA